AUGAAGAUUUGCUAUGGCAUCAUCUACGGGAUGGGAGCCAAGUCUCUGGGGGAGCAGAUGGGCGUGGAUGAGAACGAUGCUGCCUGGAUCCAGUCCUUCCUGAAAGACACGGUGAAGAGCUGUGUAAAAAAGGGCUACGUUCAGACACUGCUGGGACAGAAGAGAUACCUGCCUGGAAUCACAAACGCCAACACCUACAGUGUGUGUGUUUCUGCCUCUCAGGCAGAGCGCCAGGCGGUGAACACCACUGUUCAGGGUUCAGCUGCUGACAUUGUUAAACUGGCCACUGUCAACAUCCAGCAGAGACUACAGGAAACCUUCCCUACUGCCCCCCUGUCACAUCAACACCCACACUCAGACAGGGGCCGUAGCAGGACAUGUUCUCGGGUCAGAGGGGCUUACUUCAUCCUGCAGCUGCAUGACGAGCUGAUCUACGAGACCACAGAAGAAGACCUCAUUCGGGUGGCUCAGAUAGUGAAGAGAGAGAUGGAGUCAGCAGUCAAGCUUUAUGUGAAGCUCAGAGCCAAAGUCAAGGUGGGACCCAGCUGGGGUGACCUGCAGGACAUGGACAUAUGAAGGGGGGUUGAAA